CCAACCAUGAUAGAAAAGGGCCCAGAGGUCUCGGGGAAAAGAAGGGGCAGGAACAAUAAUGCCAGCGGCGCGGCCAACGCUUCCAACAGCGCCUCCGCCAGCGCCAACAACGCCAACAAUGGGAAUAAUAAAAGUUUGGCAGCGGCAGCAGCGCCCAAUGGGAAUAGCAGCAGCAACAACUGGGAAGAAGGCAGCUCCGGCUCUUCCAGCGAUGAGGAGCACGGAGGAGGAGGAAUGAGAGUGGGACCCCAAUAUCAAGCGGUUGUUCCUGACUUUGAUACUGCUAAACUUACCAAGCGAUCUCAGGAGAGAGAGAAUCUCGGUAUGCUGGUUUGGUCACCCAAUCAGAAUAUUUCAGAAGCAAAAUUGGAUGAAUACAUUGCUAUUGCAAAAGAAAAACAUGGGUACAACAUGGAACAGGCACUUGGGAUGUUGUUUUGGCACAAACAUAACAUCGAGAAAUCCCUGGCAGAUUUACCCAACUUCACCCCCUUCCCAGAUGAAUGGACGGUUGAAGACAAAGUAUUGUUUGAACAAGCUUUCAGUUUCCACGGGAAAACUUUUCAUCGAAUUCAGCAAAUGUUAUUUUGUGUUCCCCAGCUUCCUGACAAAUCAAUAGCAAGCUUGGUAAAGUUUUACUACUCCUGGAAAAAGACAAGAACCAAAACAAGUGUCAUGGAUCGUCAUGCACGAAAGCAAAAAAGAGAAAGGGAAGAAAGUGAGGAUGAAAUCGAAGAAGCAAAUGGGAAUAACCCUAUUGACAUCGAGGUUGAACAAAACAAGGAGAGCAAAAAAGAGAUCUCUCCUUUGCAGAUUCCUCCCGUGGAAACAAUUCCUCAGAUAAAGAAAGAAAAGCACAGUACCCAGGCUGCCAAGAACAGGGCCAAGAGGAAACCUCCCAAAGGAAUGUUUCUCUCUCAGGAAGAUGUGGAAGCCGUGUCUGCCAACGCAACUGCUGCCACCACUUUGCUCAGGCAGCUGGAUAUGGAGCUCGUCUCCAUCAAGCGACAGAUUCAAAAUAUCAAACAAACAAACAGCUCUCUGAAAGAGAAACUUGAAGGAGGAAUAGAGCAAUAUAGGUUACCAGAGGUAACAUCGAAAUUUAAUGCACGCUGGACCACAGACGAACAGCUUCUUGCAGUGCAAGCAAUCAGGAAAUACGGUCGUGAUUUUCAAGCAAUCUCUGAUGUCAUUGGAAACAAAUCUGUGGUGCAAGUGAAAAACUUUUUCGUAAAUUAUCGGCGGCGUUUCAACAUAGACGAAGUCCUACAGGAAUGGGAAGCUGAGCAUGGGAAGGCCGAGACAAAUGGAACAAAUACACAGAAACCUGUCAAAUCCCCGGAUAAUACUGUUAAAGUAUCUGAAGAAGAGGAUGAGGCUACUUCAGUUUUGGAUGUCAGAUAUUCAUCCACUUCAUGAAAGACUCAGAUAGCCUAGAACAAUGUUAUGUUUGACUACUAUGUUAUCUGAAAUAUCAGGUAUUAGCAAAACUUCGGACAGCCAUCUAUAUCAUAACUCUGUGGAUAAGCAGCUAUUACCAAAAAGAGAGAGAAAGAGAGGACAGAUCACAAAUAUAGGCAAACACUUCUGUUCCUAUCCUGUAUUUGCCUUAACUUUCUCCUCAAUCUUCCCAACCAACCACGGAUCCAAUUUCUGCAACUCCUGGAACAAGCUCUUGGUUUUCAACACCAUCAAGUUUUAAAGCAUCAGUGACUUCUUGAACCAUCUACAUCCCUCUCUGUAAACUUUGAUUGCUUGUCAUGCUCACAAGUUACCUCCUGACAUCAGGGGCAUUUCUAAAACAUACUCUGUAGUAAGAUAAUAGUAUGCAUUUCUAUAUGCCCUUGUAUGAUUUAAACUUAUUUUUUAUGAUAUAAUCAUUGCUGAUAAGGUAACCUUUUAUUUUUAUUUUUUUAGUGAGUGAGUUUUCUGCUAAGAAAAGUAUUGUGUCUAUGCUGAUUAAUCCUUUCCAAAGUGAUGUCCUCCAGUGAUCCCAAUACUUGGAGGCAUACUGCGGAGAAAGCUGUGCUAGUUGGUCUAGUAGUUUAUUUGAAAUUAAUGAUGGGGGGGAUGAGAUUUUCAGAAUAGAAAGCAGAUUUUUUUCCUGUGUCUAAUUCUGUUCUUAUAGUCAACUCCUCCUUAGAAAACUCACUGAUAUUAAUUGUGAUUUUUAUUAUUAUGAUUAUAAUGAACCUUUUUAUUUAGUGCAAAAGGGAAUGUGCAGUGUGUAACCUUGCUUUAAUUCUAUAUAUGCAUAUACUUUACCAUUCAGUGGACUUGCAUUAUAAUCUCUAGGUGAGUAGCAAAAUAAGUAACUUGAUUGGAUAUCCAGGAGUUUAAAACAUAACUUAUUUUAAUUUGAGGUGCGUUUAGACCGUUGCAUUGGGGACCUCAUGUUCUAUUGAGGUGAGUGGAAGCUACUUCUUAGCUUUCCAUGGUUAAUUGCUGGUCUGGAUGAGAGCUUAGUAGCAGUAAUCACAAACCCAAAAUAGAGUACAUCAAUACUAAAAAUGCUUGUUGGCAAGUAAUCUUCCAGUCAUACAUUUUAUUCCAUUUCUCCCCGAUCCAUGGCUCUCCUCAGAUGAUUCUAGGCAUUUGGCUUUGACAGUUUUGGAGAUUGAUUCUUCUGAAAGAUGCACAGAUGUGGGAUUUUUUUAAUCAAUGAGUUGGUUCUAACAAUAGAAAGUUAAGUUAGUAUUUUAAUUGGGCAUGCAGCAAUAUUUCCCCCCGCAUUGACUUUGGUCCAAUCUUCUCAACUCAAAUGCACAGAUCAGAUAAAAAUGAACUUGUAACUACAGUUCCUUUUUGAGUUCCUGAAGACAGCGUGUGAAAUAAUUUACCCCAGCAAGUGACUUAACAAUUAACAGCUGUGCAAAACAUGUUCCCUUCACUCACAGCUUAUUAUGUUAGGGCUUGCCUUUGUCAACUAGGAUUGAUUCACCUAUUUACUAAUUAAUAAUUACAUGUUGCAAUGACACCACAGCAAGUGCCAGAAAAACACCAGAAAUGUUUGAGUUGGGCGAGCCUGGUCUGGGCAUAACCAUUAAGGAAACUUUUCUCUGUCUGUAAGAGGAGAAGCCAUAGACAAAUCUAAGAAUCAAUAGAGAAUAAAUCCUUUAUAAAGAAUGACAAACAGCUGGUCUAAUAUAGAACAGGUACGUGGAAAAGCCUGAAGAUGCAUAUGGCAAAACCCGUGUCCCUUUCCCCAAAUUAACUUCCAGUAAUACUGCUUUAUGUUUAUGAAAUCUGAUUCAAAUUAUCGGCUCUGGGAAAUGGAUAUUUUGUGUAUUUUAAAUACCCAGUUCAUGCUUCUCCAACUUGGCAUUUCAAGAUGUGUUGAUAUUUUAGUCUUUAGUUCCGCUAUUUGGAAAUGUAGGCAUCGUCUGGAGGGUGCCAGGUUGAAGAAACAGAUUUAUUCUCUUUAUGUGAAGCCGAGUGUUUGUUAAAACACUUUCAAAUGUUUUGAUAAAGAAUUGGCAUAUUUUGACCACUUUAUAAGGCAAACUUGGUGUAGCAUCCAGUCCUUUUGGGUGGGUGGGAGAAUGAUUUUUAAAAUCUAGCUACAGUGAUAGGCAGUGUGCAAUUUUAUAAAAUCUGAAAAAUAUCCAUGUAAAUAUUUUAUAUUCUAUUAGCAAAAAAAGUAGAAUAAGGUAGAGCAGCUGGAGUGGACUGUCUGAAAUCUAUGUUAGCUAAGAGCUAAAAUGUAUGAUAUUUGUUUUAUGUGAUGUGUUAUUGUUGGGUUGUACCAUUUUAGACUGCAGCAGAAAUUAAAUGUUCAUAAGCUCCCCCAUAUUUUUAUACAGAAAAAUAUGGGGGAGCUUAUGCACAUCUUUGUACAUUGUUGCAUUCACACAUUCUACUUAAUUUCCUUGGUCACAAAUGGGUUGAACCAACUAUAAUGGUUGGACUAGCACAUCAUAAUAAGCCAUAACCCAUGGUUCACAAAAUAACAGUGGUUAUACCCGUGGGUCAUAUAACAUGCUAAACCAAAACAAAAUGAGAUAUAUUCCCCACUUUUGUAUAUCUGGAAGAGACAUUGCAUUGAUACUCAGUUUGCCAAAAAACCAGUGAUCCAAAUUUCUGCGUCUUUCUAAAUUACUGUCUUUUAAACAAGUUAUAACAAUGUUUGCACUUUUUUAAAAAAAACAUUGAUGUUCACUUCUUACAUCCCCAUUCAUUUCAGUAAUAUAUACACAACAUUCCUUCUUUUUAAAUAACAUGACAGGCCUCUUCUAGUGAUCCUAAGACUGUUUUAUCUUACUGAAAAACAGAUGAAUACAAAGCAAGGGUUCCUUUUAAUGUGGUGCUAAUAGUAAGUAAUCCAUUGAAGUGGUUUGUCCUGCUUCUCCAAACAGGCCCCAGGGACCUCCUAAAUAGAAUGAGAGGUGAGGAGGAGGAACUGGGCUCAGGAGGUCACAGUAACUGAACAGAAAUCUCUCUCGUGAGCAGAAACAUCACCUGUAUAUACCAUCCAGGUUUUGCUAGAACAAAGGUGAACAAGACAAAAGUUCAUUAGGUAACUAGUUCCUUGAACAUAAAUGAAUUAAAUUGUAUUUUCAUUAUGACAUUGUUAACAUUUAAUCACUGCUCCAGCCUCAAGUGGUACAAAUAAAUGAUGAAUCUAAUAAUCAUGUGGCUUAGCUCUGAAUACUAAUAUGUUGCAUUGCUCUCUUCUAUGAAUUUACCAAACAAUAUGAUCAGAAAAAGAUUGAGUUUUGGCUCGUUCCCCUGUGGAAAUUGACACAAAAUCCCUCUAUGAGGACGAUAACUUAUGUAUAUUUUCUCAUUGUUUCAUUACUAUCAUAUUGUAGAUUUGCCCACCUGUUAACUGAAAUAUGCUUGUAAUUGUUCCAUUGUGAAAUGGGAAAACUUAUUUAGCUUUUAGGGUUUUUUAAAAAAAAAAUCUGAUGUUUUGUAUGGGACAAACCAGAUUUGUUGUUCAAGCAUUAUUUAAUCAAAACUUCAUGUAGAAGGGUCCACAAAGAUUGCUACGUAAUAUGUAAAACUCACAUUUUGUUUUCUUAAACUAGCAAUGUGAAUGUUAUAGUUAUAUAUAUUUUGUGGAAGAUGGAAAAUUUUAUUUCUUAUUAGGUAUAAAUUAUUGUGCAUAACUAUAGUAUCACAAAAAAGUGAUACUUCUUUUUUUAAAAAAAAAAAAACCAGCAAAAUCCUAGUUUUAGAAAUCUUAACCAAUGUAUUGUAUAUGCACCAAAAUUUUACAUUUGUUCUAUUUAAUUUUUAAAUGUAGUUGUGUAACAUGACAGUAAAUUUUUCAUUUUCCAUGCCUCCCUGCUCCAUUAGAAUAUGUUAUUACUUGAAUAUUAUCUCUUAACUAGACUGAAAUGCAGCAAUUAAACAUCUGUAAUCUAGAAUGAAGGGAAUGGAGGAAGCAAUAUAUAUGAUUCCAUGUACAAUACAGAACUUCUUGCAACAUUGUACAAUCAUACAAGUUCAGUGGUAGUUAUAGUGGUAAUCCAGGCAAACAGGCUGUUGUAUACAUAUUUCAGGGAUUUUUAAAUACGUUUUGUGAAGUUAGCCUCUUUUACUGCUUCUUUCUUGUUAAUAAUAACAGUUAUAGUGAUAGUGGGAUAUUGCACCCACUGGUUUGAGGCCCUGGCCCAGGUGUGAUUGUUACCCCAUGUCUCCUCAUUUUCAGCAGAAGCAGUGAAAGGAACCUCUUGCCAUUUAUGACUACACAAUUGUGAAGUCUUCAACAUAUUCAAGAAGUCUACAUUUUCUGAUGUAGGUGAAUCUGGUCUUAUCUCUGCCUUUCAUGUCUUCUGCAAACCAUGCAGAGUAUCAGAUGCCUCAGUCAGUGUUGUGCAGGGAGGUUAACUGUGGAGAGAGAAGACGUUGGUCUUAUAUCAUUCUGAAAGUGAAAUUAAUUCAAUGAAUUAGUUGUCUCUUUGGCUAUGUGUAGUUCUCUAAUACAAGGGUCUUCAAACUUGAUGCUUUAAGACAUGUGGACUUCAACUCCCAGAAUUCCUCCUCCAGUCAUAUUAGCUCAGGAAUUCUGGGAGUUGAAGUCCACAUGUCUUAAACUUGCCAAGUUUGAAGACCCUUGCUCUAAUAGGAAGAAAAAGUUCCCUCUUUUUAAAAGCCAGUCGUUUUAUUGCAGCAUUGGUAGAUCAAAUUCAAGAGAGAUCUGCUUCUUGGGGUAGGGGAAAAAUCUAAAGGUGUCUUGAGCUCAAGGAAUUUGAUUGAUUGUUCUGUGGCUCUUGCUCUGGGAUAAAACAAUACCCAGAUUUUCUCUGCACUUUUUUUAAGGUGUUAAAUUAUGAUCUUGGCAAUUUCCCCCAUUUUAGAUAGCUGUUGGCUAAAACAUUUUAAUUUAAAUUCUUUCCUCCUUUCCAUCAUUCUAAUAAGAUGUUGGUAUCCUUGCACAUCAAAUACAAGUCAAUCGUUUUGUUAGAUUAAUAACUCCAUAAAAGGGGUUUAUAAAAAUUGGAAUUUAACAUUAAUCUAAAAAGCAAAGGGUGCAGGGGAAGUUAUAAGUGAGAUAUACCCCCCACCCCAGUCUAUAUUUU